AUGGGUAACACAGCUGAGCCAGAACAAGGUCUGGUAGGUAAUCACAUAGUCCCAAAGACACUUCAAAUCCGGACACAUACCUGGAAGAAGAAGUCUAUUGGAUUAUUUGACUACAGCUACCAAGAUCUUAAUACAAUGAACAUGGAAAUAGAAGAUCCUAGAUGAUUCUACAUUAUACAAAACCCUGACGAUAAAAUUACUACUACAAAGAAGCGGCCAAAGAGGGAAUCCGGUUCCAUUCCUCUCGCAUGAGUUCUCUACUACGAAAGAGAUUACUAUAUCUACCAACCUUAUGGUCUGAGGGAGAUAUCAAGAAAUAUAUCUGAAGAGAAAUCUAAAAAAGAAAGUUUAGAUGUCAUUGCCAAAUCCAGCAAACUCGCUUGGAUUAUUACUGGCCAAAGUAAUAACAAGCUUAAUAAUGAAUUUAAAUGCGGUGAUUACCUAAAAUUUGGAAGAGUAGCAUUUAAAGUUAAGAUGACAUCCAAUCAAGAAACCUUUGAACAUUCGAUUAUACCAAAGGAAGAUGCUAUGAACACAAGUGAAGGUGGCCUACUUCUAAAUAAAUCAGCUAACGUCUCAAUGAGAAGAAAUAGCGGGGAUGCUCUAAAUCAAUCUCUGAGGCAAACUGACAACUCCAGGCUUGAGUUACCUUCUUAUGAUGUCUCUGGCAGAGAGUCUGGCUUACAGACUCAGAGGUCAAAGAACAAGCUUACAUGAAGAAUCUGAUGGUCUGAAGGUAUAACUAAUUUGAAAAAUGAAGAUGAAGUUGAUGACCUCCUGGUUUCUCCAUGAAGUUGCACUGGAACAGUCCAGUAUGUACAUCUUAGUUGCCUCAGGAAUUGGUUGGACAGCAAACUCCAUACAAGGGAAACUUGGUGUGUAAACUCUUAUUAUUGGAAAAACAUUGAGUGCGAAUUAUGAAAAUAAUAUUUUCCCUGAUACGGUGCAAAUCGAAACCCAAAAGUAUGAGUUAAAAUCGUUCCGUAUACUAAACUAUAAUAUCCCUGAGAAUUCCCACUACGUUGUGUUAGAGACAUAUUCUUCCAAAUAAAAGCAAAGCCAGGAUAAUUCACGUCAUCGACUUCGGACACGAAGAUACUGUUUAUGUUGGCAGAGGUCAAGAAGCUAAUGUAAGGAUCACAGAUAUCUCUGUGUCCAGAAGACAUUCCGAGCUAUCCUGAAUCGAUGGAAAGUUUUAUGUUUGUGACUAUGAUUCAAAAUUUGGCACACUCCGAUCAUUUGAUAUGCCUAUGAAGAUACAAGGCUAUGUGAGACUUCAAUCAUCAAAAACUGUGAUAAUCCUGAAAAUCAAAUAAGAUCCAGAAAGGGUGCAUAUGCUGUAGGAAAAGGAAAUAAGCCUAGGAUAUACAGUAUUCAGGACUAUACAAUCCUGCAUAAGUGGUUCCCAAAAGAACUUAAAAAGAUAUUUAAAAUUGACGAAAGCCCUAAACGCAAAAGACGAAAGAAGAUACAGAAAGAGCUCGAAAAGGUUAUUCUUGAAGAGGCAAAAAUUGGCACUCACCUUCCUGAACAAUUUGGUCAAGAUAGUGAGCAUGUGAUCACAGAGAUUGCUGAUAAUGAUUCUGAGAGGGAUGAAGAUAACUUUAUGAUUGAAAUCCCACAACAAAGAUUGGUUAAUAAUAGUAUGCAGCCCUUGUAUAGACAACAAGCUUGGAAUGAUAGCAAUCAUUCAAGACAUAGUUCUAUUAAUGAAGAGAGAAAAGAGCUCCCUUCUAGAAGAGAGAUUAUGGAAGUCGAGCGACUCAGUAAGAAUUGGGAGCUAAAUCGAAAACAAAUUGAAGACUCUGAUGAUGAAGAAAGCCCAAAUCAUCAAGUAUUACAUUCUAGAACAAUUAAAAAUCGGCUCAUCAAACUUGAAAAUGAAGAAUCCAAAAACCACCAUCUUCGACAUCAAGAAUACCUCUCAGAAGAACUCAACUUCUCAAAUUCCCAAAUAAACCUCCUCAACCUUCCCAGGCCACAUAAUCCAAAUCCUUCAAAUUCCCCUGUACAUCGGCAGAAUGUCCUUCUCGAACAAGAGGCUCUGGCCCGUCCUUCAGUAAGUCAGCAAAAUAUAUACAAGAAGUAA